UGGCUCUGGACGAGGGAUUCAGCGCUGAGAGCGAUGGAGGCAGCAGCGAAGCUGAAGGAGACGCAGACAAGGAGGCAGAGCAGGAGGAGGAGAGCAAGGAGGAGCAGGAGGAGGAGCAGAGAGAGGAGAUGACAGAAGAGAUAACAGAAGAAGAAGAGACAAGUGGACAGGAGGAGGAGAAACAGAUGGAGGAGGAGGAGGAGAAGGCAGAAGAGAAAGAAGAGAACAGAUUCACAGCUGAUGAAGAGUGUGUGAUCAUUGAACCUGAAGCUGGAGCAGCACCUCCUGCCUCCUCUCAGAGCACGGAGGAGGUGGCCGACUCGCUCCUCCACCUCGGCCGAGUGACCGACAGCAGCAGCGACGCUCCGCAGCCUGUUGCUGUGGCGACCGGGGAGGACGUCGCCAUGGCAGCCGCACAGGGUGAAGAAGUGAAGGAUGAGCAGGAGGAGGAGGAGGAGGAGGAGGCACACAGAGUUCAAGUAUCGGAAGAGUCAUGUGUUGUGGAGAAGGAGGCAGCUGAAGAGGAGGAAGAGGAGGAGGAAGAGGAGGAGAGGAGGAAGAACCAGAUGAGCCCCGAGGAGCAGAAACAUGUGACCCAAGACGUCCAGCAGGAGCAGAUCAAAGAUGAAGGAGAGCAGAAAGAGGAGCAGGAGGAGGAGGAGGAGGAGGAGGUGGCAGCACUUGCACAGCAGAGCCAGGAGGAAGAGGAGGAGGAAGAGGAGGAGGAGCAGGAGGAGGAGCACAGGGAGGUGAAGCAGGUUUCACCCAUCAGUGACGCGCCCAGCGCCAUCAGCACCAUCACCAGCACCGCCGCAGCUCAGGGAAGCCUCACCACGGCUGAAGACCAGCGGGUCGGACCCCCGGAGGACUACAGUCCCCUGGAGGACUACAACUCCCACAAGUACGACUCCCACAAAGCGCUUCAGAACUACAAACCCAGCCCCCCUUUAAGCCUGGGCUCCCACAGGGCCAGCCCCCUGGAGGACUUCUUCCCCGGCCUCCGAGGGGAGAACUUUAAGCUCCUGGCCGCGGCGCCCUCGGCCUCGCCGGACGUCAUCGAGGUCCGGUCGGACCGGUCCGAGGAGGAGCGGGACUUCGAGGACGUGGACGGAGACGACGAGCGGGACGACGAGGACAGCCUGUCGCAGCGCUCCACGGUGACGGACGAGUCGGAGAUGUUCGACCUGAGCAGAGGGAACCUGGGCCUCCUGGAGCAGGCCAUCGCCCUGAAGGCGGAGCAGGUGAAGCCGGCCGGGCCGCGGGAGCUGCUGCGCGCCCCCGACAUCCACCACCAGCGCUACUUCACCAUGGACGACAGGCCCAAACACCUGGACGUCCUCCGCAAGAGCUACUUCAGCAAAGAGAGCAGUAAGCCAGAGAAGAGGGAGAUCAAGUGUCCCACCCCGGGCUGUGAUGGGACGGGUCAUGUGACUGGUCUUUACCCCCACCACCGCAGCCUGUCAGGCUGUCCACACAAGGACAGGAUCCCCCCGGAGAUCCUGGCCAUGCAUGAGAAUGUGCUGAAGUGUCCGACCCCCGGCUGCACCGGUCAGGGCCACGUUAACAGCAACCGCAACACACACCGCAGUCUUUCUGGAUGCCCUAUUGCUGCUGCAGAGAAGCUGUCGAAGGGCCACGAUAAGCAGCUUCUGUCUCAGCCAGGCAGCGAGCACCUCAAAGGAAGUCCCAACGACAGAGUGUUGAGGCCCAUGUGCUUUGUGAAGCAGCUGGAGGUGCCCCAGUACGGCAGCUACCGGCCCAACAUGGCGCCGGCCACGCCCCGCGCCAACCUGGCCAAGGAGCUGGAGAAAUACUCCAAGGUGUCCUUCGAUUAUGCAAGUUUUGACGCUCAAGUGUUCGGGAAGCGUAUGCUUGCUCCAAAGAUGCCCACCAGCGAAACGUCACCGAAAGCCUUCAAAACUAAGCCCUCCUUCCCCAAGUCGCCCCCCUCCCCCAGCCUCAGUCUCCAUGGUUACGGGAAGAGCUCCGCCCUGGCCUACGACUACUCCCACGACGCCGAGGCGGCUCACAUGGCCGCCACCGCCAUCCUCAACCUGUCGACUCGCUGCUGGGAGAAACCUGAGAACCUCAGCACCAAACCCCACAGCAAGGAGAUGGACAUCGAGGUGGAUGAGAACGGGACCCUGGACCUGAGCAUGAAGAAGCCCAUCAAACGGGAGGGCAGCCUGUCGGGCACCAGCCCCGGGGUCCGCUCCCCGGACCCUUCGUCCUCCUCCUCUUCCUCACUGCACCACGGGGGGAGCAGCGGGAUGACGUCACCGAACCUCCUCGGCUACAAGCAGGAGGAGUGGGAGGGGCCUCUGGAUUACACCAAACCCAACCGCCAGAGGGAGGAGGAGCUGGACGAGAUGGAGCACACCGGCCAGUCGUUCGUCUCGUCCGACCCGGAGGACUGUGAUAUGAUGCAGGACUGUCUGGAGGACAGGAAGUACCCCGGAGAGGUCACCACCCCGAGCUUCAAAGUAAAGUUCCAGCCCAAGGACAGCAAGAAAGAGCUGCUCUCGUGUCCUACACCUGGCUGUGAUGGCAGCGGCCACAUCACUGGAAACUACGCGUCCCAUCGCAGUCUGUCUGGGUGUCCUCUAGCUGAUAAGAGCCUCCGCUCCCUCAUGGCGGCCCACACCCCUGAACUCAAAUGUCCCACUCCAGGAUGUGACGGCUCGGGUCACAUCACAGGGAACUAUGCCUCCCACAGAAGUCUCUCUGGGUGCCCGCGUGCCAAGAAAAGUGGAAUUAAAACUCCUACCAAGGACAACCAGGAGGACUCCGAGCUUUUAAAAUGUCCGGUACCAGGCUGUGACAGUCUGGGUCACAUCAGUGGGAAGUACGCCACGCACCGUAGCGCCUACGGGUGUCCGCUGGCGGCCCGCCGGCAGAAGGAGGGUCUCCUCAACGGGACGCCGUUCAACUGGAAGGCCUUUAAGACAGAGGGGCCGACAUGUCCCACCCCGGGGUGUGACGGCUCGGGACACGCUAACGGAAGCUUCCUCACUCACCGCAGCCUCUCAGGAUGCCCCAGAGCCUUGUACGCCAAGAAGAAGGCCAAGUUCCCGUCAGAGGACUACCUGAGCACCAAGUUCAGAGCCAGCGACGUUUUGGACAAUGACGAGGACAUCAAGCAGCUCAACAAAGAGAUUAACGACCUCAACGAGUCCAACAACGAGAUGGAGGCCGACAUGGUCAACCUGCAGACUCAGAUCUCGUCCAUGGAGAUGAACCUGAAGAGCAUCGAGCACGAGAACAAGAUGAUCGAGGAGCAGAACGAGGCUCUGUUCAUGGAGCUGUCGGGUCUGAGCCGCGCCCUGAUCCGCAGCCUGGCCAACAUACGCCUGCCCCACAUGCAGGAGCCAAUCACGGAGCAGAACUUUGACAGCUACGUGAGCACGCUGACCGACAUGUACACCAACAAGGACUGCUUCCAGAGCCCCGAGAACAAAGCUCUGCUGGAGAGCAUCAACAAAGCUGUGAAAGGCAUCAAAGUCUGACGCUCGCCGCAACACACACAGCAUGCAAAACUGUCCUGGAGCACAGGAGCAUGACGCAGGAGGAGGAGGAGGAGGAGGAGGAGGAGGAGGAGGAGGAGACGCAGGAGGAGGAGAUUACCGACCGAGAGAUGUUGAAAUACUCGACAAUAUAUUGAAAUAUGGUUCAAAAACAAAAAAGGGAAUUCAGGUUAUUUAAAUAAAUGGCAACUUAAAAAAAAAAAAAAACCAACCCAGGGAGCACUCUGUUAAAAGAAAAAAGUGACGCGGACCAAAAUAAUCCACACCUGCUGCUGCUGGGAAACAGGAGGAGAAGAGGAGGAGAUCCUUCAGUCAGAGAAGAAGAAGAAGAGGAGGAGAAACUAGAAGCAUCUGGGGUUUAUUAUUAUUAUUAUUAUCAAUACGCUGUUUGUUUACCUGUUGUCUCUUUGUGUCCUAACUGUUGUUGGAGAGUCAAUAAUCAGUUAUUAACGGUUCAGAUCAAACUGAAACACGGAGGAACAGGAGCAGGAUUUACUCUGAGACGUGAAGAGGAGCUGAAGCUUCACUGUGUGUGUUUAAAGUGUGUGUGACUGCAGAAGAUUGACCACACACACACACACACACACACACACACACACACACACCCCUGCAAUAUGAAGCAUGCACGACAUGCAGUAUGAAGCAUGUGUGUUUGCUUUAAUGCGGCAAAGAUGCAAAAGAUGUCAACGGUGCAAUGUUGACGGGAAGAAAUGUUUAAAAGUUGAGGAGACGCGACGGAACAGUGUCGGCGGCUUUUAUUUUUUAAACGGGAUAUCAUGAUUUUAAAAAGCAGCAGAUGAAUACUUUUAUUAUUUUUGUUUUUGUUUUCCUUUGAACUGAAAUGAUAAUAGUGAUAGUGUGCACACAUUUCAAAUUCAGUUAGUCAUAUCAAUAGUAUUUAUCGACAUAGGAAUUGCACUUCAUUUCGAUUUUUAAUAGUUUUUUGUGGUACAAUAAUUAUUAUUGUUAUUAUAUAUGAAUUAUUUAAAUUGUGAUCUUUUAAAUUGUAACUUAUUAUUGCCAUUUAUGUUAUUGAGGUUUAUUUAUUUGAAGCAAUCUAUUUAUUAACUUUUUUUUGUAUCACUCACACACACACACACACACAGAUAAACACACACACACACACACACACACACACACACUGAUUCUCAUGUCAAAGCGAUUUGCAGAUGUCUCGAUAUUUUAAGAAUCUAUAUAGAUAAACUGACGAGGCAUAUUUUCUUUUGAGUACUUUUUAAAAACCUUUUUAAGUGCAGAUGUUUUAUAACUAACAAAAUCUUUUGAUAAUUUUACAAGAAAAAAAACAAACGUUAUCUUUUGGGGUUGUUCUUGAUUUUCUCAUUUGUGUUUUUUUUUAUGUUCUUUUUUCUCUUACUGCUACGUUAACAAACCCACUGCUGAGAAAAAAAGAAAGAAAGUAUGUAUUUAUUAUUUAUUUAAUAUGAAAGAAAUUGACUGAUAUGGCUGUAUAUUUAUUUUGUUAUUUAUUUGCGUGAUGUUGAGUCUGAGUAGUCUUAAAGAUCCAUUGCUAAUAUUUAAAUAAAGAAACAAAAUCAAUACAAAUACUGUUUGAUUACUUAGGCUUAUACCAGCAGCUGAUUGUAAAAAGACAAAAAAACAAGCCAACAAAAGCAAAAUCACUGCACUGCAACAAAAAAAAGGUCUAAAAACCAGAUAAAAGCAGUAAAU